UAGUCUAUUUCUCCCGCAAAUACAUGUGGAUUAAAACCUUAAGCCCUAACUCACGAAAUUGAUCGAAUCCGACGAUAAUGGCGGAGAGUUCCUCUGCUCCUCCUACUGCCGACAAGCCUGUGAUUGUUAGGGUUAAGCGAAAAGUUUCUCAGUUUGCGCUCGAUGCUUUUUGGCUGGAAAUCCAUGAGAGGCCUGCUAAGCGUCCGUUGAUCGACUUCGGAAAGCUAUCAAUAUCUGAUGCUUCUUCGAGUAAAGUGGAGGAAUUCAAGACGCAAAAAAUCUUGGUACGACAUGUGGAGACAGUUGCUAGCUCCAAGGAUACAUUUGAUGUGCUUGCGAUCUUUCGUG